AUGGUAUCAACGCCACAGACAAGACCGAUUUCGAAGGACGAUGCAUUUCCUUCGCUACAGCUUUUUCUUUUGGGCAUCUGCCGUGUGGCGGAACCCAUCGCCCUCACCUCGAUCUUCCCAUACUCAUGGGUAAUGGUCCAAGACUUCCACGUCGGCAACCCCAAUGACGCCUCCUUCUACGCCGGAAUCCUAGUUGCCGCCUUUUCGCUCGCAGAAGCCCUGACUGGAAUGUUCUGGGGUGCCCUUUCGGAUCGCAUUGGUCGCAAACCCGUUUUGCUACUCGGUUGCGCUGGCACGAUGCUUUCGCUAUUGAUUGUCGGGUUUGCGUCGACUUUCUGGGUAGCUCUCCUUGGUAGAAUCAUUGGUGGCGUGCUUAAUGGGAACAUUGGCGUGAUUCAGACCAUGGUUGGUGAGCUUGUGAAGCGUCCGGAACAUGAACCUCGGGCUUAUGCUGUAAUGCCAUUUGUCUGGUCGAUCGGUACUAUUAUUGGACCUGCCGUUGGAGGAUUACUUGCUAAACCCGUUGAAGGGUUCCCGUCGGUCUUCUCCCCAUAUGGUAUAUUCGCGAAGUACCCAUUCCUCUUGCCUAACCUCUUUUGUGCUGGUCUUCUCUUGAUUAGUAUCGUUGGAGGCGCCAUACUUCUGCAGGAGACUCAUCCCGAGUUUCAGCCACGAUCAUCAGAGUUGGAUUAUAAAGUGAAUGUUGAAACACCAUUAAUGGCUACCGCUGGUGCUACAGCUAACCCUGGUGUUGACCUUCGCGCUGAAUCGUACGGCACGUUCAACGAAGUCAAUAGGCAUUCAACUAAAAGCUGGCGUAUCGAUGGCGAGGCCUCCAAAGAAAGAUCAUCUUCCCCGCGACACGAAGUAGCGUUCACAUCUCAAGUUCUGAUGUUCAUCAUUGCGCUUGGCAUUUUCACAUACCACUCGAUGACCUUUGAUCAUCUCCUCCCUAUCUUCCUCCAAGAUAAGCACCAGGUCGAUUUCAUUCCUCAUUCAUUCCUACGCAUUUCCGGUGGCCUGGGUUUAUCUACACGAACUGUCGGGUUUAUCAUGUCCGUUGACGGACUAAUGGCGCUCUUCAUUCAAGCCGUUAUAUUUGCCCCUUUGACGGAUUGGCUAGGUGUUUGGAGACUGUUCGUGCUUGUCACGGCUCUACACCCUAUCACAUACUUUAUCAUUCCAUUCCUCGUUUUGCUCCCAUCAAACCUCGUCUACGCUGGUAUAUAUACCUGCCUAGCGAUCCGCAACAUUCUCUCGAUAGUCGCUUACCCGGUCCUUCUCAUCUUGAUCAAACAAUCCAGCCCUUCUUGUUCCGUCAUGGGUAAGAUCAACGGCCUAGCCGCUUCAGCCGGAGCGGCAUGCCGUACAAUCGCUCCUCCGGUAGCUGGCUAUCUGUAUAGCGCCGGGACAGCCAGUGGCUGUACCUCUAUAGCGUGGUGGAGUAGCACCUUCAUCGCGUUGAUCGGUACUUCUCAGCUGUGGUUCAUCAGGCGUCGCAAGGACACAGUCACAGUGCGAUCUGUAGCGCCGUGUUUGGCUGCUGCCGGGCCUCCUGCUUCUGAUAGUCAUCCACGUGAAGUGAUUCAUGUAAUAGUUAGUGAGGAGGAUUAUCAGGCUUGA